UCUGGUUAUUUCUCACUCUUUGUGACCCUUGGCUGGUUCUUGUACUCCGUAACAUGAGGCAUUUGUGUACCAGUGUCUCCCAGGUGAAUUCAGUCCCAGGGACCUUCAGCAGAGGCCUAAAUACUGCAGGUUCUCUAAGGUGCAGAUGAAAAGGAAGGGUGCACCAGGCAUGAGGGACAGCCUAGGCAAGGGUACAGAGGCCAGAGAUGGAAUGGGUUGUUUGACCUCAGGUGCACUAGGUCCUUGACCAACAAUCUCUGGCAUUUGGUGCUGCUUGUCAGGUUUCAAAGCAUUUGAGGCAGGGAAGGACUGAAAGCCUCAUCUCUGUUUUACAGUUAAGGAGACUGACCAGGUCUGCUGACAUUUUCACCUCUUGCCCAGCACUGGAGCCAGGACCCAGGGGCUGCUGUCCCUGACCUGCUCAAACAUUUUCUUCUGUUUUCUCAUCCCCUUUCUUUCUUUCUUUCUUUCUUUUUUUUUUUGGGUGAGGCAAUUGGGGUUGUGACUUGCCCAGGGUCACACAGCUAGUAAGUGUCAAGUGUCUGAGGCCGGAUUUGAACUCAGGUCCUCCUGAAUCCAGGGUCAGUGUUUUAUCCACUGCCCCCUCAUCUCCUUUAUUUCUCACUUGCCCAUAUCCAUUCAGCUUUGAAGUACCUGCUACACAUCCAAAGAGCAGCUCCUGGCAUGAUGUAGAUCAGAGCUGACCCAGAAUCAGGCCACCCCUGGAGGGGGGAAAGCACUCCUUCUGUCCCUGGUCUGAGCUGUGUCUGUGCCCCAUCUGGGGAGGAAGAGAAGGCCUGUGGCCCAGUUCCUGAGGCAGGUUGGGUCUGACUGCCUGGGGCCGAGCAGUGAGACCCAAGGACUGACCUCAGGGUACCCCGCUGGCCAUGAGGAAGCCUCGGAAGGCAGGGGGAGGCAGCCAGAGUCGUGGGGAGCAGCCCAGCCCGGAUGCAGGCCCAGGAACCCCCAGCCAGGCCUCCCCACACCAUCUGUUUGGGGAUGCUGAUGAGGUCACCAAGUUCCGGGCCAGCCUCCUAAGCUGGUACGAUCAGGCCAAGCGAGACCUGCCCUGGAGGAGGAGGGCUGCAGGAGAGCCAGACCCAGACAGGCGGGCGUACUCUGUUUGGGUGUCUGAGAUCAUGCUCCAGCAAACCCAAGUCGCCACCGUUACCGGCUACUAUACCAGAUGGAUGCAGAAAUGGCCAGCACUUCAGGACUUGGCAGGGGCAUCCUUGGAGGAGGUGAACCAGCUGUGGGCCGGCCUGGGUUACUAUUCCCGGGGCCGACGACUGCAGGAAGGUGCACGCAAGGUAGUGGAGGAGCUGGGGGGCCACAUACCCCGAACAGCAGACAUGCUACAGAAGCUGCUUCCUGGGGUAGGGAGGUACACAGCUGGGGCUAUCGCCUCCAUCGCCUUCGGCCAGGUGACUGGUGUGGUAGAUGGCAACGUGACCCGUGUCCUGUGCCGCCUAAGAGCCAUUGGGGCAGAGCCCGGAAGUCCCCUGGUCACCCAGCAUCUCUGGAGCCUGGCCCAGCAGCUGGUGGACCCGGCCCGUCCAGGGGACUUCAACCAGGCAGCCAUGGAGCUGGGCGCAAUGGUCUGCACCCCCCGAGGUCCGCUGUGCCAAGAGUGCCCCGUGCGGGACUUCUGUCAGGCCCAAAAGAGGGUAAAGAGGGAGCAGGCGGCGGCAUCUCAGAGGCUGCUGGGCAGCCUGGAGCAGGAGAAGACUCUUGAUGUGGAGGAGUGUGCACCCAGCAGAACCGGCUUGUGCCCGCUGUGCCUGCCCCCUUCAGAGCCUUGGCGCCAAGACCUUGGCGUGACUAACUUUCCCCGCCAGCCAGCCCGGAAAGCCCCCCGGGAACAGCGGACAGCCGUCUGUGUCCUUCAGCGGCUGGGCUCUGAGAGUAGCCACUUCCUCCUGGUGCAGAGGCCAAGUUCAGGCUUGUUGGCUGGCCUCUGGGAAUUCCCCUCUGUGCCAGCAGAAGGUUCUGAGUCCAUCCAGCGCCGGGCCCUUGGGAAGGCCCUGCGGCUCUGGGUGGGCGGCCCCUUGGCCCUGAGGAGCCUGCGGUGCCUUGGCGAGGUGGUCCACAUCUUCUCUCACAUCCGGCAGACCUAUGUGGUCUACGGGCUAACCCUGGAAGAGCAAGCCCAGGGCCCACCCCCAUCAGGGGCCCGCUGGGUGACCCGGGCUGAGUUCCAGGCAGCCGCUGUCCCUACAGCCAUGAAGAAGGUUCUCCAGCUCUUUGAGGGCCAGCACUCGGGGCGCAGGAAGGCCUCCAAAAGUCCCCGAGAUCCUGCCACUUCAGGCCCUGAGCCUGGCCCUGUUCGCCGCCACCAACAACUGACUCUCAAUGCCUUUUUCAAGCCUACUCCUGCUCCUUGAUUGGCCCCAUUGCCAGGGCCCUGUGCACUGCCCCUUUUUCUGUCCCUUCCCCUCUUCCCCACCUGGCUACGGAUCAGCAGUGAGAUUCCUGUUGUA